ACACACUGUACUCUAACCUCUUUCUAACUUGUGUUCAUCCAUAGAUAAAGACGAGUCAUCGACGUCUUUAUCUAUGUUUAUCUAUGGGUCUACUUUUGUCGGCUAGUCGGUUAAGGUUUUUGUCGGAUGCUAUUUCUUAUUAGUCUUUACUAUUUGUGUAUGUUAAAUUUUUUGAAGUCGCAAAUUCCUGUGUUUGGUUAAUAUCUUCAUGUACUUGAAAGUUAUUCAAGCUAGAAUAUUUGUGUAAAUUGAUUUUAAAACAAAACUGUUGACAUCAAUAGUUUCUCGUUCCCUAGUUUUAUUAGAAGUGCCGUUUCUUCGUGAUACUUUAAGUGUCUGUCUUGCUUCUUCAAAUAGUUUUUUGGUUAAAAAUUCAAGCAGUUUUAUUUAGGACUUUAGAUUCAAGUAGUUUAACCUCUUCAUAUUACGUAAUUUUCUUGCGUUGUUCUAAAAAAUAAGUAGAUUGGUUUAGAAAAUAUGGGAACACAAGCAUCCAAUGUGGAGAAAAGCCAGCACAAUUUAUUAUUAUCUGCUUUCUGGGGAGGUGGUGCAGCAGGUUUAUUUGUAGAUAUAGUACUUUUUCCUUUAGACACUCUAAAGACGAGGCUACAAGCAGAGCAAGGAUUUAAAAAUGCAGGCGCUUUUAAAGGAAUAUAUAAAGGAUUAGGUCCACAAGUCAUAGGAAGUGCUCCACAAGCCGCAUUAUUUUUUGUUACCUAUGAGUCAAUAAAGCAUUACUCUGAGCCUUUGGUGCCCAAGGCGGCAAUGCCUUUUGUUUACAUGUUUGGAGCAUCAAUCGCUGAAGUGAUGGCCUGCCUUGUUCGAGUGCCGAUGGAAAUCGCAAAACAAAGAAAGCAAAUAUCUCCAACUGACAAAUCUUCCUUAAGAAUUUUGAUGUCUGCUUACAAAUAUGAAGGAUUUUUUAAGGGAGUUUACCGAGGGUUUGGGUCGACUAUUAUGAGAGAGAUUCCAUUUUCCAUUAUUCAGUUUCCUACCCUCGAGUUUUGUAAAUCAUUCUAUAGGCAAAAGUUUAAAAACAAUAUUCCACUCGAUUCAUGGGAAGUUGCUGUGUGCGGAUCUAUUGCCGGAGGGGCUUCAGCAGCUAUUACAACUCCUUUAGAUGUUGUAAAAACCCGAAUAAUGUUAGCAGACAGGAAAGUAGCUGAGCGAAGUUCGCUGACUUUUGCUAACACUUUCAAAAAAGUUCUUCGAAACGAGGGUUUAAAAGGGUUAUUUGCGGGAAUCGUGCCCAGAACUUUGUGGAUCUUCCUGGGAGGGUACAUAUUCUUUGGAAGUUAUGAUUUCGCCAAAAAUAAUGUUUUUGAUCUGCUUGAGGAACGAUCUGAUGCAACUAGAUAACCCUAACAAAUAUUUUGUAGUUUUUUUUAUAAAAUUUGACAUUUAGAACAAUACAAUCAAUAAUUUAAAAA